GUUGUCUGCAAACUGCCCAUGCAUGGACGGACAUGUUUACCGGUGAAAUGAGAGAUAAAUAAAAAAAAAAAUUAAAAAAAUCAAAAAAAAAAAUCAAUUAAGCUUUACAAUUUUCAAGUCGUUCCUCGGACCCAAGUUUUCAGAAAACCGUCUUCGUCUCUGUUUACUUGAGUAGCAUCAUAGCAUCAUUCCCCUCAAUCCUCGACUCUUCAACCACUAUCAGACGUGUGGAUAAAGAAAAGACUGGUGUUGAUCACAAUACCAGCACAUAUCACCAGGCCAUGGUUGGCCCUUCCGUUGUCCAUCUGCCCGAUGGACAGACUUUUACAGUCACCCCGGUCUUUGCGGGUUUCUUUUUCAAGUCGCACGAGCUCACCCACCAGCAUGCAUUCCCAGUCGGCUGGACAGUAGUUCUGCACACUCAGGAAAGUCUAUCAGCCUCGGCCGCUCCAGAAGCCGGCAGCAACGGCAAGGAGAAUGACCAGCAGGACAAUGACGACGAUGACCUGCAGCCGAUCAGGCCCUUCUCCCGUCCAACCCUGCAGGGAGACUGUCUGUUCAUCAGCUCCAUCAGCAACCCUUCCAGCAGCGAGUUUGCGCCGCCGGCCAGUCCGACGCGGCAGAUAGCCAUGAUGCUCUGGGUCACGCUCUACUGGUACUUUCACGAGCCCGCCCCCUCCCCGAUCCUGCCCGCUACGGCACUGUCGGCCUCUACGCCAGAAGCGGGCCGGCCCCGAGGCGAGUGGCGCAUCAACAUCAAGCGCAGCGGCGUGCUGCGUGAGAAGAACCUGCUGCCCAAGCUGGAGAGGAUGGGACUCAUCACCACCCUGGCCUCCUCGGCCGGGCCUGCCGACGGCGACGCUGGGUGGGACGACAUGUUUGUCACCAGGAACGCCUUUUGGCAGAUCCCCGGGAGGCUGUUCCUGUUCACGCUGGCGCCGAAGCCCCGGGACGGCAGCGCCGGCGAUUCCCGCGCCGGCACCCCCUCGGGCAGCAGACCGACCUCCCCCACCGCCAGAUCCACCACCUCAUCGUCGAUGCGCCCGCAGCCCCUCGUGCCGGUGUCGUCGUUCCCCAUGGGUCCCUUCCACAGCUCCGCCCACCUGCCGACCUACUACCCUCCCGCGCCGGCCCAGUACACCACGACCAACGGGGUGCGGCAUCCGAUCCGACCCCGGCCGCCGAGGCAGGGCGAGGUCUUUUACAGCCGCUUCGUGCCCACGGCCGGCGCGUACCUCUCGUUCCGCGUCGCGUCGCGCGACCCCAACCCCGUGCCCUACGGCGGGCCCCUGGGCCCGGGACGCGGGUCCUGCAGGAUCGGCGCGGGGGCCGCCGCCAACGCGCACCUGGCGUCGCUGCCGGACGCGAGCCUGCUGCAGAUGUGGAUGGCCAAGCCGCGCGUGUCGGCGUUCUGGGGCGAGUACACGCCGACGUUCCUGUCCGCGGCGCUCGCGUCGCGCAACUCGUUCCCCGUCGUCGCGCUCUGGGACGGCAUCCCGUUUGCCUACCUCGAGAUCUACUGGCUGCGCGAGGACCCCGUCGCCAGGUGUCUCGGCCCCGGCGCGGUCGACGACUGGGACAGGGGCGUCCACGUCUUUGUCGGCGAGGAGUGGGCCAGGGGAGAGGUCCAGCUGUGGCUGAGCAGCGCCGUCCACUGGAUCCUGGCCGCCGAUUACAGGACCAUGAGCGUCUGCGUGGAGCCCAGGGUCGAUAAUGCCAAGUUCAUUCGACAUCUCCAGGCUGGAGGCUUUGAAAAGGAGGCCGAGCUCACUCUUCCUCAUAAGCAAGCCUGGUUCGGUCGGUUAAGAAGGCAAAAUUGGGAGGGACCAAGUUUAUGUAUGAUGUUGGGCACAGAAAACAUGCAGUCAGCCAGACCAGCGUAAUUUGUGCCAACUACCUUACGUACCUACCUAGCACUUACCUUGCAUACCUUGCCUAGUAAAUAUCCAAUUGAACAGAAGCCCUAUUUCGCGUUUUGAUCGCCUGCUUCUUUACCCAAGCUACUUUUUCAAUUCGUAGCAAAUCUUUAACCUGGUCAAAGUCGAAAAAAUGACGAGUCCAACUCUAGACCAGGUAGAGUAGAAAAGAACCGUUGCUAGGAG